GGCUGUUGCAAGACUCGGUUCCUGAGGGAAGGUUAAGAAUAAAUAAAGGCUCUGAUAGUCGUAAUGGCGGAAGUCAUAGGAGGCCGCGAUGGGAACCAAGGCGAGGCGGCGCCUGACAGCGUCACCCUCCUGGUCAAGAGCCCCGCGCAGCGGCACCCGGAUCUGCUGCUGCCCGCUCAACGCUCUUGGAGCGUUCGACGCCUCAAGGCGGAGCUUCGGCGCCUCCACCCGGACGGGCCGCCUGAAGACUCUCAACGGUUGAUUUAUUCUGGGAAGCUGUUACCUGACCAUCUUUGCUUGCAAGAGGUUCUUGCCAAGCACGAGAUGGUGCAUGCUGUCCACCUGGUGUGCAACUCAAAGAAUGUUCCACAUGUACAAGAAACAGAUAGGAAGGUUGCUGAGACCAAGAAGGAGUCAGCAGGAUAUAGCCAAGGUCCUUCUGUACUUCCGUCAGCCUACACUGGGAGUCAAAGGGAGAAUUCCUGCAACCAGCCUUUUACAACAGGGGAAACUGGUACUAGGCCUCAUCCGACACAUGCCUUUCAAGACGUGCAUCCUGGCUAUCAUUCAUAUACCACGUACCGCAUGCUGCAGUUCUGGUUCCAGCAGAUCUAUGCAAGGCAAUACUACAUGCAAUACAUUGCUGCUAGUGCUGCUUCGAGUGAAUUACCUCCUACACGAAGUACGCAGGAAAUCCCAGUGGCUGCAGUUGCUGCUCCAGCUCCUCUUCCUGGUGCAUUUCCUGCUGGAAACCAGCCUGGAAAUCAGAAUGCUCCCCCUCCAGUGAACCCUGGAGUGAAUCAAAAUCUACGAAUGAAUGCACAGGGAGGUCCUCUGAUGGAAGAGGAUGAAGAAGGCAACCGUGAUUGGCUGGACUGGCUGUAUUCGGCAACCCUGUUCUAUGUGUUUGUCAACAUCGUUUACUUCUACUCCAGCAUGAGCAGGCUUCUCAUGGUGAUGGUGGGCACUCUUCUGAUGUACUUGCACCAGAUUGGAUGGUUCCCUUUUAGGCGGAGACCAGCUCAGAACAAUACUCCCCCACAAGCAGCUGUUAACCAAGACCAAAACAAUAACUUACCGCAGGAAGAAAAUGUUGAUGGCCCAGCUGAAAUGGAAGGCCUUGAAGCUGUACCAGAGAAUGAACCAGCAGCACCUUCAUUUAUGAGCACAGCCUGGCUAUUCUUCAAGGCUUUCUUUGCAUCUCUCUUACCAGAGGGGCCUCCAGCUGUGGUCAACUAAGUGGCUGCCUGUUACCCAUAAAGUAGCCUGUUAACUGCCGCUGUCUGCCCUGCUGGAGCAAGAUCAGGUACCCAGCUUGAGCAUUCAGAUGGCCAGGUGUCAGAUAAAAAGAAAUCCCCUCUGCGUCCAGCAGCUGAAGGUCCAGCAUGUAAAUGUCUGUAGACUCUAAACAAUGGUGGUAUUCCGGAGGGUCAGUGAAUUGUACAGUAAGACAUUGGAUAUUAGAGGGCUUAUGGCAGUACAGUACUUCAUGUAAGUAAACCUGCUGCAGUGGGCAGAGAUGGAGAAUUUGAUUCCUGUUGGAAUGUGUUUACUCUUUAAACUACACUGAGUGUAGUAUCUUUUGCAACCAGUCAAUUGCUAGGUUGCUAUAGCAGUUUUACAGAGAAGAUUUAUGCCAGAAAAAAAAUGAAGAAAGGCAGCACUUGUCCAGAAGCCAGUGGGUUGUAUCCCACAGCUCCCUUCUGCCAAGUCUUCCUCCCCUGGAGAAAGUCUUCCCAUCACAAUACGUCUUUCUGCAUCAGAAAGCUGUUCUCCAUCAAAAGAUGCCUUAGCAGAAGGGAUUCAUAGGCUCCAGUUUUGCAGAAGAAAGUUGUACAGUCCAGUGCAAUGAAUAUUCUUGUUCAGGUAGCUUUCAGCAAAGGAUGCCAGUUGUCUAGGAUGAAAGAGGAGAUGGGAGUUUGUUUCAUAUCAAGAUAAUUUUUUCUGCUGUUCAGAUUGCAGUGGAAAAAGUGAUAUAAGCAUUCUUCUCAUAGUAGCUGUGACCAUUUGAAGGUUCUGUAUUGUAUCUGAUAAAGAAACUCACAUUACAAACUCAAGAGCUGUCUCAACUGGAGGUUUGUUAAGAGACUUGUAAAAAUGGUUGGUUUCCCUUCAUGGUGUGGUCUUAGGUAAAUCUCUGCCUGUAAACUAUCUCUCUGAACAGUUUCAGUGAAUCUCAUCCAACAAGAUGCAUUUAAAAAACCCUCUUUAAAAUAUUCUCACUAAUAACUAUUAGUGCUUUUAUCCUAAUUGUAAUUAAACUAAAAUUGUUCGUGUGGUGGAUGCCUGCCUGUAUCAGGUUCUUUAAUAUCAUGUGCACACCUUUAAAAACCCUGUGCUUUUCACUGCAAGCUGCUUAAAGUGCCUUUGGGCUCCGCUUGAAGGAGCUGGCCAUAAUACUUGGGUGUUUGAUUCCUUGUCCUUUUGGAGGCAUUCUGCAUCCUGACACUUGUGCGUUGGCUGCCUCUCUAGUCUGUGCCUCCUUCCAGAACUCCAUGAGUUUGCAAUGUGACUCUUUCACAUCAGGGAUGGAAGGGAUCCUAGAUUGUCUACACAAAUAAACAUUUUCUUGUGUACACCCUCUAGUUUUCAGGCGAUGAUGAAAUUCAGAUUUUGACUGUUGCUGCUAAUAAAUGGUAAGCUUCAGGUUUAUUCAUAUAUAUAUACUGUAUAUUCUGAACUUCUGUAUAGCUGACUAUGUAACUGCUUGACCUUUUUCUUGUAUAUUACCUAUUAAACAAAGUUUAAUAGCU